UCUUAGUUUCAAAAAUCAAUAUUAUUUUCUGAUGUGAGCUUUCAAUUUUUUAUUUUAUUUUAUUUUAUCCAGGGCCAUUUGUUCUAUUUUAAAUUCACAGCAUACUUAAAAUUAUACUUUUUAGCACACAGCCUGAAUCACAGUAACAUUAAUACAGUUUGAUCCAAAUCCGUCCAAAAAUAAACAAGAUAAGCGUAUUUAGUGGAUAAAAAUCACUCACCUUACGCCCUCCGACGCAAGAUGUUCGCCAGUUUCUUACGCCGCCGAUGCCACUUUAGCCAUCUAGACUUAUAUGUAUGAUAUCUAUGGGAACGAGGCUCCGCAGCAUCCCAUGCACCACUCGUUUCCAUUUGAAAUUGGGAUUUUUAUUUAGAGACAAUUUUGCCCUACGAUGGCAGAAAGCGAGGUGGAUACACCAAGUACACCAAUUGAAUUUGAGAGCAAAUAUUUUGAGUGUGAUGGGAUUCGGUUGCCACCUUUCUGCAAAGGAAAGAUGGAGGAUAUUGCCAAUUUCUCCCUAAGGGGUAGCGACAUCUGGAUUAUAACCUAUCCAAAAUCAGGUACACACGUCUCUUUCAUUAGUAUGCAAAUCGUAUUUUUACAUAUUUUGUGGAAGGAUGUCAAUAAUUUUACAUCUUUUGGUUUGUUCAUUCUAGGCACCAGUCUUCUUCAAGAGGUGGUCUACCUUGUGAGUCAAGGAGCAGACCCAGAUGAAAUUGGCCUUAUGAACAUUGAUGAACAGUUACCUGUCUUAGAGUACCCUCAACCAGGCUUGGACAUCAUUAAGGAGCUUACAUCCCCACGUCUCAUCAAAAGUCAUCUACCCUACCGAUUCCUUCCCAGAGGAAUGCACAACGGAGAGGCUAAGAUAAUAUACAUGGCCCGCAAUCCCAAAGAUCUGGUAGUAUCCUACUUUGAGUUCCACCGAUCUCUUAGGACCAUGAGCUACCGAGGAACCUUUCAGGAGUUCUGCCAACGUUUUAUGAAUGACAAACUUGGAUAUGGUUCCUGGUUUGAACAUGUUUUAGAAUUCUGGGAUCAUCGAAUGGACUCAAACAUUCUCUUCUUGAAAUACGAGGACAUGUAUAAGGAUCUCGGGGCAUUGGUGGAGCAGUUAGCCAGGUUUCUAGGUGUAACUUGUGACAAGCUUCAGCAUGAAGCUACGGUGGAAAGCUGCAACCAGCUCAUAGAACAGUGCUGCAGCUCAGAGGCGCUGUCAAUUUGUAGAGGUCGUGUCGGACUGUGGAAAGACAUUUUCACUGUGUCAAUGAAUGAAAAGUUCGAUGCUGUUUACGAACAGAAGAUGGGCAAAUCCACCCUGAACUUUGAUUUCUGUCUUGGAGAAAAAUCUGAUCCUGCACUUAAGUACCGUAAACAAUGAGUGAAUUCAUUCUACAUUCAAUGAAUACUUUGGUGUGUUUCAAAAAUGUAAUAAUGAUAUGUAUAGUGACAUAAUAAAAGUAUUUAUUCCUUUUCUCAAGUUUCUUUCUGUUGCGCCUCCAGAAAUUUCAAAGUUGGGGUGGCACUGGCACACUAAAUCUAAAAGCCAUAAUUUCAAAUGACUGUUGUCGUAAACCAGGCUGUAGAAAACUAUCUGAAAUACUUAAACGGACUGACAAAACCUUUAUCAUCCCAGUUUUUUUUUUAAUAAAUCGAAAGAACUAAUUUUAUUUUCCUGAU